GUCGCGCGGAGGCAUCCGCAAUUACACGGGAAUGUUUUCCUAGAGAUGUCAGCCUACAAAGGACACAAUCUCUCUUCCUCAAAUUCCUCCCCAAAAUGUCCUUUCCCAACAGCUCUCCUGCCGCUAAUACUUUUUUAGUAGAUUCUCUCAUCAGUGCGUGCAGGAGUGACAGUUUCUACUCCAACAGCGCCAGCAUGUAUAUGCCACCUAGCACAGACAUUGGGACUUAUGGGAUGCAAACCUGUGGACUCCUACCGUCUCUGGCUAAAAGAGAAGUUAAUCACCAAAAUAUGGGUAUGAAUGUACAUCCUUAUAUACCUCAAGUAGACAGUUGGACAGAUCCGAACAGAUCUUGUCGAAUAGAGCAACCUGUUACACAGCAGGUCCCCACUUGUUCCUUCACUACAAAUAUUAAAGAAGAAAGCAAUUGCUGCAUGUAUUCCGAUAAGAGAACCAAACUCAUUUCUUCAGACGUCCCUUCCUACCAGAGGCUGGUGUCUGAAUCAUGCCCCAUUGAGAACCCCGAGGUUCCCGUCCCAGGAUAUUUUAGACUGAGCCAGACCUACGCCACUGGGAAAACCCAAGAGUACAAUAAUAGCCCUGAAACGAGUUCAACCGUAAUGUUACAGUUAAACCCUCGCGGCAGCUCCAAACCGCAGCUAUCUUCUCAACUUCAGAUGGAAAAGAAAAUGAAUGAAAACCCGAACGGCCAGGACGGCGCGGCUAAAGUCUCUCAAGUGGAAAGUCCCGAGCCCAAGUCCACGUUGCAAGACGAGAGGAGCUGCCUGCCCGAAGGCUCCGUGUCCAGCCCCGAGGUCCAGGAGAAGGAGACUAAAGGUCUGUAUUACCGAGCUUGAGCCGUGCCGUGCCGAGAUCCGGCACCACGCAGCUCCCCGCUGCCCUGACGAGCCCGCGGCCACCCCACUGCACGGGGAGAAGUGUGGGGCUGCAGGUGCUGCGUCUGCGAAGAUUUGGGCAGGCGAAAAACGCCACGCAAAAGGGUCCGAAGGUUUGCUUUGAGCCGUGCCUCCCUUGUGCAUGCAGCCCUUCUCUGCGGUGCGGGGUAGCUCCGUGUGCUCCUUAGUGCGCUGCUGCAGCCCAAAUCGGCCAAAUUCCUUUUAAAAAGCAGCUCUGGAGGUUGUAAAAUACGAGCGGCGCAACUUUCAUCUCGUAAUAUUGCGCUGAUUUUCGCCACCGAGGCCGGCUGCGGUUUGAUUGCGUUUAAAGUUAAUUACGAUGCUGUUAAAAUAGGUGAGGGAUAGGUGCUUCCAGGCUGGGGGAAGUUGGGAACAAACGCACAAUGAAGGCAGCAGCCCCGCUGCCUGCGUGAGCAGAGUGUGCACUGUGCGGAUAUGGUGCUGGGGAGAACCUUGGCUUCAGCUCCAAAAAGCGCAGCGUUAUUUUGAAAUGCGUGUGAAAGGUAAAGGUGGUGCUUCUCUGAUUUUAUUUUCCCUUUAAAAGAGCUCAAAAGCCUUCGUUUUGAACAGCGUGUGGCGAGGAAUCAAAAAACGGGAAAAAUUGUCUGAUAAAAACGCGCUUUGCAUCCUUCAGGUCGAUUUUUACCCUACGUGUGCAUGGAGAUUCUCUUUUUAUGAAUUAUAGUUGCCAAUCCAGGUCUAGGGUAGCGUGGGAUUUCUGGUGUGUGUGUGGGGAAAAAUAGAACCUAAAAGGAAAAUGGAGGCAAAAAAGCCAAACAACCCAACAACAACAACAAAAACCCGCGAGGCGGAGGGCGUUAAUUUCACGUGUAUCUUUUGGGGCUGGGAAAAUGUCCUUGGUUUUGCUCCUAGGUGUGCUUUUGCGGCUCAGCCGGCCGGGGGGUGCUGCCCCAGG